AUGCGCAUUCUCGUCGGAGUCGGGAUCUUCAAAGAGAUCGACAUCAACGAGUACACUCACACUUCGCUUUCGCGUGCAUUUUGUCUCGAAGUACUGGUGGGAGAGGGUGUCUUGUUCGACUUGUUCCCGACUUCUCGGAACCACUGCCCGACCUCCCGGCGAAAUUUCAAGACGCAUGGCCCGGAAGAGCUAUUCGAUUUGCGGAAGAAUCCGUUCGCCUUCAAUGCUGGACAUGAGGACAAGACGUAUUUUGAGGCUCUUGAUCUGGACCCUAAGCAGCGAACGCUUUGGGAUUUUACACUGCAGAAUAUUAAAAAGAAUUUUCCGAUUUUGGGAAUGUUCCCUAUCGAAAAUUUGGAAGAAUCUCGGCCAUGUUGGCGGAAUCGCGAGGAAUUGGGCGAUCUUUGGUCUAUAUUGAAUAAGAACUCGGUCGUCAAAAAUGUCGCAAGGCAGACUCUGCGUCUCUGCGAUCAGGCCUGA